UGAUUAUCAUCCCUUUAUCACAAACCACCACCAAUCUCAUAGCCGCUCAACUCAACUAGUGCUAUCAAUGUCUGGCAAGGGAAAAGCUGGCAAAUCUUCUGGCGGAAAAGCUGGUACCGAAGGGAAAUCGCAGUCACGUUCUGCAAAGGCUGGUCUUCAGUUCCCUGUUGGCCGUGUUCAUCGUCUUUUGAAGAAAGGCAACUAUGCCCAGCGUGUUGGCGCGGGCGCUCCAGUCUACCUUGCCGCGGUUCUUGAGUACCUUGCCGCUGAGAUUCUCGAGCUUGCAGGCAAUGCCGCCCGUGAUAACAAGAAACAACGUAUUGUGCCCCGUCAUCUUCAGUUGGCCAUCCGAAACGAUGAAGAAUUGAACAAGCUCCUGGGUGACGUAGUUAUCUCACAAGGAGGAGUAGUCCCCUUCAUCAACCCUGAGUUACUGCCUAGCAAAUCAAGCAAAGGCAAGAAGGAGGGUGCAAGCCAAGAGGCGUAAAUUUCUGUGUAUCUUACCCUUAUACACUUUUUUAUUACAUUCGAUCUUCUUGUAGUAUUUGCAUAUAUAUUUGGUCGUGUUCUGGAUGUACUUUGCGAGUGACCAUUGACGUCAGACGAUGCGUGUUUGUACUUGUUGAAUUUACAAGGCACUAUACU